AUGGCCUGGGUGCGGGUGGGACUUUUAUGCGACGGUGAUCGACGCUGCUGUCGAGGUCGUCCGAGUGUCGUGACGUCGUUUCGACCAGAAGUGCGGCGGUCGUCAGAAUGCUCGGCCCGUCGACAUCGACAGCGGGACUCGGCGUCGAGUGAGGAGGAUGAGGUGCCAUCACCGGGCGUGUCGCGAAGCUUCGCUGCUGUGUCCACCAAUGACUUUUCCUAUGGCUACACGGUGAACAGUCCAGUGCAGAAAAAUCAUCAGUCGGUGCAGCAAACGAGUCGCGACGGUGUCGUUACGGGCCACUACUCGUUUCUCGACGCUGUCGGGAAUUUGCAUGUGACCGAAUACACUGCAGACUCGGACCACGGGUACCGAGCCAAGACCUACACAGUACCCAACUACGGAUCCCCAUCGAACCCGGCAUUAGCUGCCCAGAAGCGAGCGAACCCGUUCAUAACCCGGGACUCGUCUGCUGACGCGAGGAAACAAGGGACGUCAGUGGUGACCUCUGGUGGUGUGAGAACCGGGAAAACAGCAGUUUUCAAGACACCGGAAGAAGAGUUUGGGGUUCGAUUGGUCACCAAACCAGUGACCAAAGUCAAGGAUUUCCCAACCUUGAUACCCUUCAAUCCCAGACCGACAGCAGCUACAUCUAUUGAUGAUGGAAAAAUCUUCACCUUCACCAGACAUGGCAGGCAACCAAUUGCUCAUUUGAUCGAGUUGUCGACGAUUCCCACAACGGCCUCACCAUCAGAAUCGGAUGAAGUCCGAACGACUAUUGAUCUUCUCCGGGUUCCUGUGACAGGAAAUGACGAAGAAUCUUCACAGAUUUCAACGGAAAAAGACCAGGAUUCAGGAUUCAGACAAUCCGGGGUUAAUUCAAACUUGAACAGCGGUUUUCAGCGCGUUAAUUUCCAAGAUUUCGGCCCCAGGUUCCGAGUGACUCAAACUCCGUUCGUACUCCAGAAAUCUUCAGAUUUCGGCAUCAAAAUCCAGGAAUUCAAUUCGCAGGAAAUCCGGGGACAAAAUUCGGAUUCACUGUUUUCAAAAAAUGUUGAACAAUCUCAGAAACGGGAAUCUCAAGAAUUUUUCCCUACAACUCAAUCAGCAAGCAGACCACAAGACGUAGAUUCGAAAGAAAUCGACGUUUUGUCAACGCUUAGGCUCUUCACUCUUCCUCAACAAACAGCUUCAGCGAAUGUUUUAACGAGCCAGCUUUCAUCAACAGAAAUUUCCAAGCUUUCAACAGAUGCAAAAAGUCAAGAACUUUUGUUUGAUUCUCCGAAACCUACGACACCGAUUGUCAAAAGAAGGAAAAGUGCGAGAAAGAUUCUGACCAGGACUUCGCCGAUUUUCCAGACAACUACUGAAUUAACUCCUUUAACAUCUUCCUUGAGUUUGAGUUCAACAGAAGUUUUGAGCAGUUCUGCUUUGUCCCCAUCAACCACUUCAACCACUGAAUUGACCACUUCAACUCAAGUGCAAAAGAAAAAGAAAAAGAAGCAGCCCAAAACUAAAACAAGUCCAAGUCCUCCGCAGACUUCAUCAGAAUCCCUCAUUACAAGACCUGGCCCAGAAAUCCCAUCACAACAGCUGUCAACUGCUCAAGAAAGCACUGAAAUCACCACAACUUCUGCUCCAACUUCUGGAAAGCCCAGGAAAAUCAUCAGGAAGAAAAAGAAGAAGACCACAGCUUCCCGCAAAGGAGAGACUGAGCCUAUUUUGGCUACCAAGAAGUGCUGUGAUUUUGAAAACAUGGACUCUGAAACAAAAUUGGUUGUUGGAAUUGUCUACGCGUCCAUCAUUCUUGACAAUGUCCUUUUGACUGCCAUCGGGGAUUGUGCUGCUGUGAGCUGGAAGAACCCGAUAGCCCUGGUUUACGACCGGCAGAUCCCGUUCUUCAUCACCGGGGCAGAAGACAGGGCCCGGGUUUGCAGAGGCAAGUCUUUGGACCGGAAUGUCACCGGGUACUACCCGGGCUUCAUGUUUUUCGACACGGACCUGACAACCCAGACAACCACAAAAUUCUGCGCCAUUUCUCACCCGCACCCCAAUGCCACUGGGACCAAGGUUAAGACGAAUCCCGACUUUGAGGGUGCAUUAUCGGUGGACGACAAAAGUCCAUUGUGCGAAUAA